GCCCCGGGCCGUCACGUGGGGCUGGCGGGCCCGGGCUAGCGCGCGGCGUUCCGGUUCCGGGCGCGGCGGGGUCGCCAUGGCGAGCAACGCCGCCAGCCUGAACGCCGUGAGGGAGACCAUGGACGUUCUGUUUGAGAUUUCGAGAAUAUUAAACACUGGCUUGGAUAUGGAGACAUUGUCUAUUUGUGUGCGGCUUUGUGAACAAGGGAUAAAUCCAGAAGCCCUGUCUUCUGUUAUCAAAGAACUGCGCAAGGCUACAGAAGCUCUAAAGGCUGCUGAAAAUAUGACAGGCUGAUAUGGGAGAAGAUCUCUGUAUGAGAAGAAUGUCAAGUUAAACUUACCUGGAGCUCUGAAGAUUGGCACUGUUAAGAAAAAAAAUGAAAUAAGUGUAUGUGAAGGUUUCAGAGUACUUCUGUAAUACUUUUCAAAAGAAUGGUGUAUGUAAAAAGUUUUUUAAAAGUUCAUCAGUAAUAUUAUUGGUAUUUUGUGAACUGUUCGUGAACAUAGUGCAAUUGUUUUUCUUUGGCAUCCUGUACAUUUAAAAUCAUGCCAGAUAUUGUACAUUUGUUGAAUUUAUUAGUGUAUACCAACAAACUUUGUUAGAAUGAGUGUAGUUUUGUUAAUGCAUCCUUUAGAAGUGGUAGUAUAUAAUGGGUUUUAUCUUUUGCUUUGGUGAAAAGCUACAUGUGCAAUUUUAGUCUUGCUUUAUGGUCCAGAUAGGAAUGAAGCCCAUAAUGACUUUAUUUUAGAGCAAGGGCAGUAACUUAAGUCUCAAGCUGAAGGUAAUAAAUAAAGCAUUUUUUUAAUAAUGUA